AUGAAAUACUCCGUUUUAACUGUUUUAGCUUUAGCUACUGCUUCUUUAGCUGCUCCUUUAGAAGGCCACAAGCACCACCAACAUCAACACAAGAGAGACAGUGUUGUUAAGCAAGUUACCCAAGUUGUUUACGUUGACUCCAAUGGUAACCCAGUGACUUCUUCUGGUACUGCUACUAGUACCCAGGCUUCUCAAGGAACUGGUUCUGCCACCACCUUGUCCACUGUCACCUCGAGCUCUGCUUCUUCCAGUGAAGCUGCGUCGAGCUCUGCUUCGGAAACCGACUCUGGUUCAUCUUCCACUGGUGGAUCCUCUUCUGGAUCUUCUUCUGGUAUUUCCGGUGACUUGAGUGCUUUCUCCGAUCCAAGUGACAAGUUCGAAGAUGGUAAGUACAAGUGUUCUGAAGUCCCAACUGGUCAAGGUGUUAUUGCUGUUGACUGGAUCUCCGGUACAAACGGUGGUUGGACUUCUGUCAUGAACCAAGACGGUGACACCUCUUCCAACUGUAAGGAUGGUUACUAUUGUUCUUACGCUUGUCAAGCUGGUAUGUCCAAGACCCAAUGGCCAUCUGAACAACCAAGUAACGGUAUCUCCGUUGGUGGUUUAUACUGUAAGGGUGGUUACUUAUACAAGUCCAACAAGGACCAAGACUACUUAUGUUCUUGGGGUGAAAAAACUGCUGAAUUCUCUUCUGAAAUCAGCAAGGACAUUGCCAUCUGUCGUACCGAUUACCCAGGUUCUGAAAACAUGAACAUUCCAACCUUAUUAGAAGGUGGUAAGACUGCUCCAGCCUCUGUUGUUGACUCUGCUGACUACUACACCUGGAAGGGUGGUAAGACCUCUACCCAAUACUACGUUAAUGACGCUGGUGUCAGUGUUGAAGACGGUUGUAUCUGGGGUACUGAAGGUUCCGGUGUCGGUAACUGGGCUCCUGUUGUCUUAGGUGCUGGUGUGACUGAUGGUAAGACUUACUUAUCUUUGAUUCCAAACCCAAACAACCAAGACUCUCCAAACUAUAACGUUAAGAUUGUCGGUGAAAGCGGUGCUAACGUCAACGGUGACUGUAAAUACGAAAACGGUUCUUACAACGGUAAGGGUACUGAUGGUUGUACCGUCACUGUUUCCUCCGGUAAGGCUAAGUUUGUCUUCUACAACUAA